AAGCAGAGCGAGCCUCUGGAAUCUUGAACCAGUUUGGCUUCAUGGAAAAAAAGUGUCGGUAUGAAGGGGAAAUCACGUAGAAGAUAGAGAGGAACACGGAGCGGGAUUAAAAAGAAUCUGAGAAGAGUGAGGUAGAGGGACUGUGAGGAAGAUGAAGGAGCCAAACAAGCCACCUGCUGUUUAAUGCAGAGACACUGCUAGCAUGUGGCUGCCUGUGCAGAGUGGUUCCCUCUCCUCUCUCCAGCUGACUGCUGCAGGAUCUGCACCCAAGUCCCUGCCUGCUCCCUUAUCUAUCUCCCAGCAGGAGCUUCAAGCAGAAACUUAUUCCACUUAAACAGGACCUCUGUAUUACUUUAUGCCGGCUGACACACUGACCUUCAGGAAAACUCUAUUGGACUUGGAUUGCUUGGAGCCUCGUGAAGAACAGAGGCGACCUAUGUGGGGCUCAGGAAGUGUAAACCGACCCGGGCCGGUCCCUGCCUUCCUCAGGAGCCCGCCUGUCAUCCCACCCCCACUUGACAUGAAGCCCUUCCUCCAGUUCCCCCUGGAGUCACCUCACCCAGCCAGUAUUGGUCUCUUCCCUAAUUUUAACACAAUGGACCCUGUCCAGAAGGCUGUGAUGACGCACACAUUUGGGCCACCUAUAGUGAAGACAAAGCGUCCAAUCAUUUCCUGCAACGUCUGUCAAAUACGAUUCAACUCAGAGAGCCAGGCAGAGGCCCACUACAAGGGGAAUCGUCAUGCUCGGAGGGUGAAGGGGAUCGAGACGUCCAAGACAGCUCGUCUUCUAGAUGGUGACAAGCAGCAUCCUCCUCCAACUGCUUCACCUUCCCCAACAGGCCCCUCACCACCCACCCCAGAACAAGAUCUAAAGCAGGAUGACAUUCAAUCCUGUUCCAACUCCAGCAAGUCACCUUUGACCACAAGCCAACUUCCAACACCCACCCUGAGCUCUACAGAUGCAGAGUGCCCCCUCUUGCCUUCCAUCAGCAUGUCCUUGUCAUCCUCUCCCUCACCCUCUGCCGUGGAUCCAGCUGUGCCUGGUCUUCCUGACACACCGUCCCCAGCACCCAGCCCUUCAUCAGGGGAGUCAGAGGAAGAGAAAGCCAAAAAGCUUCUCUACUGUUCCCUGUGCAAAGUAGCUGUUAAUUCCCUCUCACAACUGGAGGCACACAACAAAGGUACCAAACACAAAACCAUUCUGGAGGCACGCAGCGGACUGGGCCCCAUUAAGGCAUACCCGCGUCUGGGUCCUAAACCCAGCCCAGAGCUAGGAGGGGACCUGUCCUCUGACCCCAACGCUCAGGAACGUACAUUUCACUGUGAGAUCUGCAACGUCAGAGUCAACUCAGAGCUGCAGCUCAAACAGCAUAUAUCCAGCCGGAGGCACCGGGAUGGAGUUGCAGGGAAACCUAAUCCUCUUCUCAGUCGACACAAGAAGCGCACAGAUUUUAUGGAACUUCCAAAAACUCUGGGGGCUGGACUUUUACCAAGUCCUCUGGCUGUUGCUGCAGCAAUGGCAGCUGCAGCAUCCUCCAAUCAGCUGGCGUUACGUCCUCCUGGUCCCACCUCCCACCCUCAUCCCCAUCACCACCUCCUGCAGGGAACACCCCUCAGCCUGCUGAGACCCGCUCCAGGUCCAAUUCGCACCACGCAUGGGCCAAUCCUCUUUACUCCUUACUGAUGCGAAGGAUGAGGACAAAUCAGGAAGAAGCACACUGUGAAGUGGUGGCCUGCAACCGUUUGUUGACAAGAGCUUCAUUUAGCUGGCGUGGUUCCUGCGGUGGACUGUGACUCUUUAUGUGCAAUCUCUGGUUGCAGACCACUUCUGUUACCUUGAAAAACUGAACAAUGGUAAAACUGACAAAUCUCAGAUAUUUCAGAGACUUAGUAUGUCCAUCCUCCCCAGUUCAUCACUCUACUGUCUGCCAAUCAACAAGCUGAUUCUGCAGAUAGUUUAAAAAUAGACAUGAUCAAGCAUGGACUUUUUUGAGCAUCCUAAAAUCUAGACUUCAUCUGACAUACGAUCCACUGUACCUGAAUCAAAACCCUACCUCUCUUAUUUUUCCAGUGUUCACCUCUGCAAAGAUUUAUGACAUAUCCAAAGCAUUAAUGUUGCCUGCUGGGUUAGAAAUAGUAAUUGCUUCAGAUGUUAGCUGGUAUCAUACAGUAGCUGUCACAGUAUAGUGGAUUGUACCACUGUUCAGUCCUGUUUUUGUAGCAUAUCAAGAGAAAAAGGUAGAAACCUCUUGUGUACUGUUUCUACAGUACACAUUUCUCUGUUCUGUAUUUCUACAUCCUCACAGCAUGACUGUAUGGUCUAUAUGUACCACUGGAGGGCAGAAACAGGAAGUACAAAAAGAGGAACAUGCCUACAGUAAGUAGAAAUACUAUGUCCACAAUCUGAAGUGAUGAGUGCAUCAACCCUCUCUGAGUUGGCAAAAUGGAGCAGAGGUAAUUGCUUUUGGUGCACUAUUUAGCUAUUCAAGGUUUCUUAUAAAGGUGUGUGUAAAAUGCUGUGAGGUUGGAAUGAAUGACAAAAGAACAAGAGAGAAAACCAAAUCAGUUUUUUUUGUAGGGCAAGUUAAGAUUCUACCAUCCCCACUUAUAAAGAUGUUUCACCAGAUUCCCUCUGAAUGGCCCACAACAGCCACCAGCCUUUGCAUAACUAUCCUCGAAGCACAUUAGGAAAAGUCUGUGAUGCAAAGCCUUUGUGUAAACAGCUUCAGUAUACUUUCAAUGACCAUGUUUUAUUUUUGUAUUCGGAGCAUACUGUGCAAAACUGUCAGGCUUCUGUGACUUUGAUGGUUUCACUGUGAGCACAGCAGAAAAAUGGUUGAUUCAUGGCUGUAGCAGCAUGGUAUUUGCAUUACCUGCACAUUUGAUUAUGCAGACCACAUUUCAUCACAACCCAUGGGAGGUGUGAGGAAAACAGUUAGAUGAAAGACACCAGCAUUAUGUUACAGAAGGAGAAGAAGAGGACCACAUGCCCAAGUGAGUAGUUGUAUGCAAAAAACAACACACUGCGUUAGUGCUGUAGUACUGUAAUGGGAUAAAAGUAUUUAGGCUGUCUGCUCUGCCUUGUGUGCUUCCUACAUGACCCUGGACUAUCCCAGUGAAAAUUCUCAUGAUGGCUUGUAAAACAUUAGAAGGAAGCUUUACAAAAAGA